AUGGAAGGAGGGUCUGUUAACAACUUAAAUGGCAAUUCCAAAGAACAAUCAAAUGCAGAUGAAGCGUUCGACACAACGAUAGAGGAGCUCUGUAAGAAUCUCUGCGAAUUGCAGAGUUCCACUAACCAGUCACCAUCAAGGCAGAGCUUUGGAUCGUACGGUGACGAGUCCAAGAUUGAUUCUGAUCUACAACAUCUUGCUUUAGGAGAGACGCGAGAUUUCGAUAUAACAACGGAAGAGGAAGAAGACCAAGUGGAAAAGCCACAAGAAUUUGAUGUGGUGAGACCAGGAACAGGAAGUAGUAGUAGAAAGUCAAGCUCUUCAAAGGAUACCGAGAAACAAGCUGGUAAGAAGAAUGCGAACAGAUCGAGCUUGGGACUUGGUGGUACCGCCACGAGGAAGAAGAAAGCCGGAACCAAGUUACAAAACGGAAACGAAGAGCAACCAUCAUCUGAAAAUGUAGAGCUGGCACGUUUCUUACUGAACCAAGCGAGGAACUUGGUAAGUUCUGGCGAUAAUAUCAACAAAGCUCUCGAGUUAUCUCUCCGAGCAGCUAAGUUGUUCGAGGCUUCUGCGGAUAACGGGAAGCCUUGUUUGGAAUGGAUCAUGUGUUUGCAUGUUACUGCAGCAAUCCACUGUAAGUUAAAGGAGCACAAGGAGGCGAUUCCUGUUCUGCAGCGCUCCGUUGAGAUUCCAGUUCCCGAAGAAGGUGAAGAGCAUGCACUUGCCAAAUUUGCUGGCUUGAUGCAGUUAGGUGACACUUAUGCUAUGGUGGGGCAGCUAGAGAACGCGGUGUCGUGUUACACUGAAGGAUUGCAAAUCCAGAAGAAGGUUUUGGGAGAGAAUGAUCCAAGAGUUGGUGAAACGUGCAGAUAUUUAGCCGAGGCUCUUGUGCAAGCAUUACGGUUUGAUGAGGCUCAGGAGGUCUGCGAGACGGCUCUCUCUAUACAUAGAGAAAACGGUUUGCCAGCUUCAAUCGCAGAGGCAGCGGAUAGGAGACUCAUGGGACUUAUCUGUGAGACUAAGGGAGAUCAUGAGAAUGCUCUCGAGCAUUUGGUGUUAGCUAGUAUGGCCAUGGCGGCAAAUGGACAGGAGUCCGAGGUUGCUUUUGUUGACACCAGCAUUGGUGACUCCUACUUGUCUUUGUCUCGGUAUGAUGAAGCGAUCUGUGCGUAUCAGAAAUCUCUCACGGCACUGAAGACAGCAAAGGGAGAGAACCAUCCAGCUGUUGGUUCGGUUUACAUCCGUCUAGCUGAUCUCUAUAACCGAACAGGGAAAGUGAGAGAGGCAAAGGCUUAUUGUGAGAAUGCUCUUCGGAUAUAUGAGUCACAUAACUUGGAGAUCUCUCCUGAAGAGAUUGCAAGUGGUCUUACGGAUAUCUCAGUGAUCUUCGAGUCGAUGAACGAGGUGGAACAAGCGAUAACCUUGCUGCAAAAGGCCCUGAAGAUAUACGCCGACUCACCUGGUCAGAAAAUCAUGAUUGCUGGCAUUGAAGCUCAAAUGGGAGUCUUGUACUAUAUGAUGGGGCAAUACAUUGAGUCAUACAACACGUUCAAGAGCGCUGUCUCGAAACUACGGGCCACCGGAAAGAAACAAUCGACGUUUUUCGGGAUUGCGCUUAACCAAAUGGGUUUAGCUUGCAUUCAGCUAGAUGCAAUAGAAGAGGCUGUUGAGUUGUUUGAAGAAGCCAAGUGUAUUUUAGAACAAGAGUGUGGUCCAUUUCACCCGGAAACACUUGGAGUCUACAGCAACCUUGCAGGAGCUUAUGAUGCUAUUGGCAGGUUGGAUGAUGCGAUCGCGCUGCUAGGACAUGUGGUUGGGGUUCGGGAGGAAAAGCUCGGGACAGCAGCGAGUUCUGGAACAGAAGACGAGAAGAAGAGGUUGGUCCAACUCUUGAAAGAAUCUGGCAAGGUUUCAAGAAGAAAAACUAAAUCCCUCAAGACUCUUAUUGAUUCUGAGCUCAUGACUUCCUCAGCUCUUCGUUAA